AGAUCUACGAAAAAUUAUCGUUUACUCAAUCCUUAAUAGUUUGGCUAUUGAGUUUAUGAUGGUUCGAAGCUAUAUAAAUGAAACGUUGAAAAACAAAAUUCUUCAGUGAAAGACUUGACUUUCGUGAAUGGGGUAACAUUAUAGAGCUAGUGACGAAUAAUCAUGUUAAAGUUACUUUCCUUGAUACUGACAGUACUAGCCUUGCAACAUGUCGAUGCCACACCACUUUUCUACGAACAAUCACCUGAGACUGAAAUAUACCACACCACAAAGCCAUUUCACUAUGAUCUAAAGGAAUUUCCACGUUCUGAUUACUCGUGGUUCCUACCAUCAUUUCCCUCAUUUUCGAUAGGUCAUUGGUUUAAAAAUAACGACGACGCUAUAACUAUCUUAAAAAAAAGGGUGGAUGCGUUGGAAGAGUUUCAGAAUGAAACUCUUCAAUUAUUGAAACAAUUAAACGUGGCGAACACAUCUCCAUCUUCCCCCGCGCAACUGCCAGAUAAGGACCAAAUCCAAGGUGAUUUCGAAAGUGUGAAGGAAGAGAAACCGGUAGACAACGAUACCAUUGAAAAUACAAAGAAAGAGCAGAUACAAAGCGAUUCAACGACAAUAAAGAGCGACAGUGUAGCGAGCGAGACUUCCACGAUCAUCGAUAAAGAGACUAUACUACCAACGAAAGCGAAUGAAGAGGAAACGGUAACACCGUCGAAAGCCGACGAUACACAGGCCAACGCAUCUCUAAAUGAGAACGAACUGCAAAACAACACGAACGAAGACGACAAAACUGCCGAAUUGGCCGAGAAACCGGAGAAAUUGGAAAAUUUAGAUGUAGCAUCGAGUGAAUCUGAUAAACUAAAAGUCAAUGAGUCCGUAGAGAACGAAGAGAAUGAGAAGUUCGGGAAAUCCGAAAACGUCACCACUAAAAGCACUGAACAAACAACUGAACAAUCACACGAGAAGGAUAUUGAAACGCAAGACAAUUCUGACUAAUGAGAUACCUGAAUGUCAUCGGUAAAUGAAAUUUCCGGCCGAUAACAAUGGGAUUAUUGCGAAUGUGAAAUGACGAGUACAGUAGUUUGUGAUGAAAGAGGGACACGAGUGAUUUUAUAAUUUCUAUAAUUAAUUUUUAUAUUGACGUUAUGUUACUAGUGAAUUUGAAUAAAUGUAUGUAAGGGAAUAUAUAAAUAGAAUUUUGUUUUCAUUCCUUUAUAUUGAGUAUUUGAAAUUAUACGCGAGGUUUUGUUUUCAUUCUAUGGAUAUACCUAUUCGUGUAGACAAAACGUGAAUAACAAAAAGAAACAAAGAAUA